AAAAAUGGCUACGAUGACUGACGAUGACAUUAAAGAGAUUAAAUCCCAGCUUAAUAAUAUGUUGAAGAAUCAAACUGUUAUGAUGGCCCAUCUUCUUUUUUUGACCAACCAGAUUCCUUCUCCUUCUUCAACAUCUUCUAAUUUGGCAAAGUUUUCACCGACUGUUCAACAAUAUCUUGCAUUACAAAAACAGAAUCAAUCUAGCCAAAAAAUUAUGAAACCAUCAACUUCUACAUCUUUUGCUACACUCACACCUGUGCCAAUCAAACGUAAAGCAGAAUUACCGCUUGAGGAAAUUGGAAAUACUGGAGGAUUGAAACAUCGUCGUGGACGUCCGCGCAAACCUGAAGAUGGAGGACAUUGA